GAUUAAAAUAUGGUAAGGAUAAUCUUGUAUCUUCAAAACAGCUUUUCGCAGAAGCUCCAAAUCAGAGCUUCUGCUUUUAUGUUAUACAAAAGCGCUUUUCGGCUUUUCAAAAGCCGAGCUUUUACAGGUGUUUGGCCCUGCUUCAGCUUUUGAAGUCUAAAAACACUUCUAAAAGCCGGGCCAAACAUAGGAUAGUCGAACCAGCUGCGGGAAGCUAUUAAUUAUAUGCUUGGAAACAGGAAUAUUUGGCCGAACGGUCGAGUAUAUAUAAAGCCAGCUACAGCGAGCUAGGAAUUAAUAAGCAUUACUAAGAAUGAGCUCAUCAUCAGGGACAGGGAAUAGUACUUAUAGUCAUCAUGAGGUGAUGACGAUGAUGGUGACGGUGACGGUGGUGUUGUCCGUGAUGUCUCCCGGAGUUCCUACGGCGUCGGCUGUCAUAGACGGGAUUUGCGACGCGGAGUCGUUCCCCAUCGGCGAUCAGAGGAUCCUUUGUGUAUCCAUGUUGCUGGCGAACAUGGUUGGGCUGGAUUUCCCGGUGAAGAAGGGUGGAUGGUACAUGAGCGAGGACUGCGCCAAAAACACGACUCUCUACGGUUACAGGACGGCCGGCGAGGGCGCGAGUGGGUGUAUGUACGAAGCCCAGGAUUACCUCGAGUACCAGAACUGCCGCUACCGCAUCGGAGGUCAAGCAUGGGGCACCGGAUGUUACAUGAGGUUUGAGGUCUACCCCUUUGAAAUAUGAUCAAAUGUCUAAACCACAGAAUUAUAUUAAACAGGAAUAUGUGGCAUGAUACUAUAUUAAUUCCAAUUCUUAAAAUUAAAUCCCGAGUGGUUUAGUUUGGUUUAUGUAGUAUGUUGGAUAAGCAUAUAUGACUUAUGAUUUAGCCAUUAGAAUUUAAAGCAUGAUAUACGCGUUAAAUUCUGGUUAAAUUUCGAUUAAGUCUUUUUUAUUCUUCUGUCGGUUUAUUAUCUUCCUGUAAUAAAACUCAUGUAAUGGUCUGCAGCCUUAUAUAUGAAUAAGAAAAAAUAAGAGAAGAUGAUCGAGAAGUUUUAUGCAAAUAAUUAGUGACCCUCAUGACGGGUUAAUUGUCUCAUGGAUUCACUGAUACGAGAACAAAAAGGAAUACUGUAUUCGAACUGUGAGAGAGCAAAUUCGAAUUCAAACAGCGUUAAGUGCGAAAUGAGGCGGGUAGUGAAGAAGGCGUUGACUUGAUUGGUAAUACAUAAUUGCAUAGUUGCUCAGAUAUUAUCAACUCCUACACUAAUCGAAUAUCGAGAUUAGCAUUUCAUUUUGGUAUCGAUCGGUUCGAGGUUGAAAUUAUGUUCUUUAUAAUGUAUUUUUCAGCAAAUCCAACGACCAUCUUAUUUUCCUUCAUACUAGAAUUUACACUUAGCAAACUUGUCUACGGAUGCAUAUAACUAAGUAAUUGUUAUAUGGGAGCGGAUAGAGUACAAAAUACAUAUAUUACAAAUCUGAAUUUCUAACCGGCCAUAUUUGCUCCCAUAUGAUGGGGAAACACACUGAUAAAUAAAAGGGGCCGGUGGGAAUGCUAAUUUUCUUUUUCUUGAUAGCCUGUGUAACAUCCCGAACCUCUUCCUGAUGAAGAUAUUGUCUGCUUUGUAUCUCGAACAACACGGUUUUUGCUUUGGCAUUCCCAUAAAGUUAUCCAUCCUUGUUGUACCUCACACUGAGCACGUUUAAGUACUUCGGAGUUCUCACAAAAACUCCUCCAUUUCAUCCCAAAACAAAUCUUGUACCAUGGAUCUAUCCCGUACAUUGCCAAUGUGAGAUUUGCCUAAAGUGUUAUAGCAUGUCACGAAUCUCAGAGGAGAGAGGGAAAACAUUUUGACCAGUCAAAUAUUGUAUUUUCUGAUCAUCCAAUUUUCUUAAUUGGGUCAUAUUUCGUUCGUUUUAACUCGGAAUUUAAACAAUUUGCACAGAAAUAUCGCAUUAAUGAAGAUCUACAGAGUGAUAUCCAUUUUUAUAUGUUUUGAUAAAGAAAAAAUUGGUUAAUCCAUUUUGCACGUCGCAUUAGUGGUUUAGAGUUCAGUGGUUAACCGUUACAAAAUCAUUGGUUAACCGUUGAUAGAACCGUUCAUGAGAUUCGUGACAUACAAAACUUGUAUAUUAUACUAAUUUAAGAAUUAAGUUAUGAGUUAUCAUUAAUCAUAAACAAUUUUAAAUUCAUAUCAUCACCAAAAUAUCUAAUAAAUCAUUCAAACCGUCUCAUAAAAGAAAUCAUAAUUUUUAAUUCAAAUUAAAAAUAACGGUGCAGUCGAUAGUCAAUCACGUAAAGUCAACAAAAAGGUUGGAAAAUGAGAAGAGGAAGCAGAUAUAAAUUUAAUAAUUAUGGUUUCAUGGUCUAAGUUUAUGUUAAAAAUAUUUAAAAAAUAUAUUUGUGGUUAAAAUAGUGGACUAGUUAAACAGUGGCAGUUCAUAUUAUUUUAUGUUGAACCGUGAAAAAUCGUUUGGUCCAUCAAUAACCGUCCAAAUAAUGAACAGAACUGCUAUCAUAACUGGUUUGGCGGUUCUACUGGUCUAGCCGUUGAUCUGGUUAUGUUCUUAUAACAAGGAGUCUAACUAAUUGAAAAAAAUCAAAAUAGAAAAAAUGAAUAGAUAUGGUAAGAAAUUAAGAUAAAGAGU